GAUCUGUCUGAUCAUCAUGUUCACUAUCCAGUGGAUCUUUGCCCUCAUCGAGCUCACCGUGUUCCUGCUCAUCUACUUCUACAUCGGCCGCGCCAGCCCCGGAUACUUCCCAGGAAUCGCAGAGUUCAACUUUUAUGAAUGGUUAAAAGAGCUCUUUAGCAGGUGUAGACGCGGUCAUCUACCGGCCGAGCAUAUAAUCGUGGCCCCCCGAACCCCGGCCGUGGAGACGCUAGCCGCACAAUUGACGGAAGACAACGCCGACUUUGCCAGCAGGGGGCGCUACCACCAGUCGGAGGUCAUGCAAGGGGAGAAUUUUGAUGACUACGACAGUAAUUAAAUACAGCCCCACGCGUCCCUUCCCCUUCUCCCCCCCCCCCCCCCCCC